UAGGAUAACUUAUUUGAUUCACCAAGAAAUUGAUCCGACGCCCAGGUUUUGCUUUUUGCAUUCAUUCAUUGAAUCCGGCCACCGUUAAUGGAGGAUGAGAAGUUGGCAGCGUACUACGACGACCUCACUCGUAGAGGCGGCGCCGCCGCCCGGUUCAAACAGGGUCUCGGCUUCUCAUCCAGCAAUGCAAACAGCGACGUUCCGUCCAGAGGGUCCGCCCUGCCCUCCACCUCGUCUUUUCUUAGUGGUUUCGUAAGAGCGUCCAGUCCUUCCAAAACCUCCGAAUUUGAGAAGCAAGCUCAGCUUCAGUCUAUACAAGACAAGCUCAGCAAGAAACAUAAAGAGAAGACCCGAAGUCGCAGCCCUAGUCGGAAUUCGAGUCGCCGGAGUCGGAGUCGGAGCCGGGAUAGGAUUAGAGAUAAACAUUCAAGGCGCCGAAGCAGGAGCCGCAGCCGUAGCCGAGAUAGACAUUCGAGACGUAGGAGUCGUAGCAGGAGCCGGGAUAGGCGGUCGAGGAGGAGGAGUAGGAGCCGGGAGGAUGAGUCAAGGCGUAAAUAUCGGUCUAGGAGUAGGAGUAGAGAAAAGAAUAGAGAGAGAAGUAGACGGCAUGGGUGUGGUGGUGGGGUUGAUUAUGCUAAAUUGAUUGAAGGUUAUGACAGUAUGACACCAGCUGAAAGAGUCAAAGCCAAGAUGAAGCUUCAACUUUCAAAAACUGUUGAAAAUGAUGAAACAAUUGGAAAAGGCUCUGGAUGGGAGCGGUUUGACUUCAACAAGGAUGCCCCCCUUGAUGAUGAGGAGGAAAUUGAAGCUGCGGAGGAUGAUGCCGUGUUAGUCAAGCACAUGGGACAAAGCUUCCGUUUCUCAGCAGUCGAGGCGAGGAAAGAGGAAGAAAUCAAAGCUGCUCACGACGAAGCAAUGUUUGGAGGCUCUUCAUAUCCACCACCUGCAGAAACAGACGAUGAAGCAGAAAAGGAAAGCCAAACGAAACAAAAAAUAGAAAGUGCUCCUGUCACAAGUCUUCUCAGUACCCAGGUUCUCACUAUGCAGCAAGGCUCUUGGCGUGAUCGAGCCCGUAAACCAUGAAGUUCUAAAACAAUUUUGAUGGACAUGUUUAUUAUCCCAACCCCACUCUCUCCUAACAGUUCAGGCCGAUUUGUAAUGAUCUUCUUGGCUUCUAAAACUGGAAAUGCUUAAAAGAACUAGGAUUAUAACUCCUUUAGCAAUAUUUGGUGUAUCUUGGUACUGGUGUAAUUUGGCAACUGAGAGAAGUGGCAGAAAAUGUUGUAUGAUUUGAUCUAUUUAUCCAAAUUUUUCUGAUCCAGUGAUUUAAAAAACUGCUUAUGUGAUGCAAAUUCGGCAGAUAUUUCAGAAUGAUGAUUCAGAGACUGCAAGAUUCACUUGCAUUUUU